AUAUCUUACAUCUAUUCAAUCGUUUAUACUUACAAUCUUGGAGAAAUAAAAAGAAGUUGAAAGAACAUUUUCCUACAAUCUUUUCUCAAUUGAACAUCAUCGAUCCUAUCUGUUUGUGUUGAUAAUUAAUGGGUCAACAAACUUCCAAUCAAGCUUCUGUAAUAGGACAUCAGUUUGUUGCACCAUAUCCAAUUGAUAUCAUAGUGGAGUCAAAUUCAAAAGGAAAGUUUGUGGUCACAGAUACUGAAAAUAAACUCAUGCUCAAAGUAAAGCCAUGCGAUUCAACAUUCCAUCAUCAACGUCUACUCCUCAGUGCAGAUGACAAACCCAUUUUGAUGCUGCGGGAUAAGAUCUUGAGUAGCCAUACUCGAUGGAAUGCCUUUUGGGGUAAAAGUACAUCCAAUUCCGAUCUGGCGUUUAGCACAAAAACACCAAGUAUAAUCCAGUUUAGGAAGAGUUUACAUGUGUUCUUGGCAAAUAAAACAAGCAGCAAAGGUGUAUGUGAUUUCAAGAUCAAAGGAAGCUGGUCGAAGAAAAAUUGCACUAUUUACAUGGGAGAUUCUUCAACGAUAAUAGCUCAAAUGCAUAAAAUGCAAAAAUCUAAGAAAGUGAAGUCAGCUAAGGGCAAAUUCAUGGUGACGAUAUCUAAGAAUGCAGAUUAUGCAUUUGUGAUCGCACUUAUUGCUAUUGUUCAUGCUAUGAAAAGCACAGAAGAUGAAUACGCUGAACAAAUUACCGCAAGUGUUGGUCAAGUUAUUGGUGCAACAGUUUGAAGUAUUGCUCAAGUUGAUGAUGCAAGUACUGUUUCCUAUACAUAUUAGUUGCAUUCUCGAAUUGUAAAUUUAUUUCAACAGUUUUAUUUACUCAAAAUUUUCCUCAUUGUAUAUCCUUCAGUUAUAAUUAACGCU